GCUUAUAUAAACGCAAUACGUGCUACUGCUUGACACAUCAGACCUCGACGUCGUCAAGGAACAACUGGACCGACUGACCCCAGCAAAUAUCUGGACGACUAGCAACCACCCUCUUCGAAGGUUACCAUAACAAGAGGUCUCUUCAUCAUGCAGAGAAAAAUUGCACUGUCGUGGAUGCUGCUGGCUGCCGUAGCCAUUAUCGCACUUUCAACCCCGGCCGAAGCAGCCCCAUACACACCUCAAAGCUACUGGAACCAACUUGAGGACGAGGAUCCGGAAAUGAUGCUGGAGAUGCUGGCACGACUUGGACAGAGCAUCAUUCGUACCCACGAGCUUGAGAAUACCAAACGUGGACUGGACUUUGGUAUCAGUCGUGGAUUCAGUGGCUCUCAAGCAGCGAAGCAUCUGAUGGGUCUGGCAGCUGCAAAUUACGCCGGGGGACCAGGAAGGAGGCGCCGAUCCGAACAAGCGUAGACGCCGUUCGCAAAAGUCUAGCUAAAAUUAUCUAACCACACCAAUCCAAAAGAUCCACUCUCUUGAUUUUACGUAUUACAAUUAUAAUCCGGAGGCAAAGAGGAAGCAGAAAGCAAAAAAGAAAAAAAAAAGAUAUGAAAUGAAAGAAAACCGAUUCGCUUCAGGGCUCUUUCGGACUUCUUUAGCCAAAAGCUGUUCCUCCCUCCUCUAUACUUACAUUUGACGUAUCCUAAUCGAUUGAUCUGAAAAUCUUAAAAUCGGUCUUACCUCUCCUUAUUUUUUUUUUGGCGUAGAACUAGAAAAAAAAAGCAAUGUAUUUCCCCUAGCCUUACAUGUAUCUAUCUAUAAUUUUUUUUCUUUUCGUCUCCUUCAUUCCUCACGAUACUUUCGUCUACCGAUUGUUUUUCGAAAAGUAAACUUUGAGGGUCUCUUCUAUUUGAUGGAGGAGCUUCUCCAGGGAGUCGGAUAUCUUUUCAGUCUCCCUUCUGAGUACUGAGAGUGAGCCAAUCGGUUCUCGAUACGUCUUGAUUAAAUCUCGAACUACUAUUCUAGUCAGUCGUGUACCUCAAUUGUAAACUUUAGUUCAAAAAUCCUUUAGACUUACGUCGUUUGCGUUUCUAUUAUUGUUGUUAUUAAUAUUACUUUUGUCAUUAAAAACUUUUAAUGUCUAUACUAGCUCUUAGAAUCUUACCGACAUGCCAAAGAAUAUAAUAGUAUUGACAUUGAUGAGUCUUCUUGUCUGUCUGUCUGUUUCCUCUUAAUGUUAAAAACAAAUUAUUCUACAAUAUGUAUAACGCAUAAUUGUACCUAGAAAUACGCUUUAAGAACGCUUUCGGUUGCCGUAUUUGAUAUCGUAUCUAAACAUUAACCGAAGCGGUUGGAUGUCACUUGACAAACAGCUGACUUUUAUCCUCUUGGGACUCUGUUCUUUGUGGAGCAUCAUUAGAAUGAGAAGAUUAGAGAUAAAUUUGAUUGGUUAUAUUUGAUUGAUUAUCGAUAAAGAAAUAGUCAGUGUGAACGGUGUGUCUCGACACUUAUGCUCUAUGUAUCAUAAAGGAAUUUCGUCUCCUAUUCCCUUGAAUAAAUGUUACUUUAACCCA